AUGAGCAGUAGAGAAAUCUCAUCGUCGUCGAACACAAUUAAUUCCUCAAAAAUUAAACAAUUACUUAAAUACGAAUCAAAUAAAUAUAGUGUUAUAAAAAAAGAAUCGUCAACACCAUUAAUAGGUUGGUGGGAAGUCUUUGGUUAUCCAGCAAAAUUAGAUGAACAUGGUGUAUUUCAAAGAAUCUCGGGAUAUGUUAGUUGCUUCAAUUGUUAUAGUACAUUUAUUUAUGGUAAUAGUAGUGGAACAACACGUUUAAGGCAACAUGCAGCGAAAUGUUCCAAAACAACAUGUUCUUCUUCAAUAUCAGUUGAAUGCAACGAUUCAUCAUCAUCACGACAAGCAACUUUAGCCCAACACGGAUUCAAAAAAUGUGUUAAAAUAAAUGAAAAAGAUAUAGAUAAUAUUAAAAAAUUAUCUGCACAAUGGAUAUGCCAAGAUAUUCGUCCUUUUUGUACGUUACAAGAUGUUGGUUUUCGUGCCUUAGCACAAGAGCUAAUUAAUAUCGGACAUAAAUAUGGUGUUGUUGACAUCGAUGAAAUUCUUAGAAGUCGAUUUACAAUUGCACGAACCAUCUCUGAUUUAGCUGAAUCAUACAGACAGCGUAUCAAGCAAAUACUUAUUGAGCCAUUGAAAGCACGUGCUGUUACUAUUUGUCCUGACUUCUGGUCAGACUGCUAUAAAAACAUUUCGUAUUUGGGAUUGAAUAUUACAUUCGUUGAUGCAAAUCAUAAAAUGUUUUCGAUUGAUUUAUUUUGUCGACCAUUUUAUGGUAAUAAGACAAGUGCUUCAGUUAUUAAAGUUCUUCAAGAACAUUUAAUUGAAUUUGGCAUUGAUAGUUUGGAUUUAGUCAAUAUUGUAUCAGAUCGAGGCUCCAAUUUCGUUGCUGCAUUUCGUGAUUUUAAACCGUUAUUUUGUUUCGGACAUCGUCUUAAUAAUAUUGUAAAAACAUCGUUCUUUGGAAAUACCAUCAAGAAAAAGAAAUCAAUAUCAAGUGAACCAACAACAGUUAAUAACAACUUUUCAAUUAGUUACACAACAAAAAAAACAGAAAUUGAUAAUUCAUCAGUCGAGAAUGACAUUUCCACAAGUGAACAAUCAUCCGAAGAUGAAGAUGAUUAUGUAUCAACAUCUAUUCCAGCAAAGCACAAGGGUCGAAUAAAUAAUAUUGGUUCAUCGAAUGGUGAUAUUAAAUUAGCACGUAAAAUGUCGAUUAAUGAUAUCCCGAUUGAAGCACGUAGUGUUAUAAUAGCAUUAAAACAAUGUAAAAAAAUAGUUAAAUAUAUAAAGAAGUGUGGUUUAAACAAAGACAUUGAGAAUGCUGGUGGUGGAACUGUUCAUCAAUCUAUCACUAUUCGUUGGAUAUCGGUGAUUGAAAGUUUAGAAUCUAUUCUAAGAUCGUUUAAAAUAAUCAAAAAAAUUUUGAUUAUGAAGAAACAACACAAAUUAAUCAGUAGCAUUAAUGAAAAGAUAAUAAAACAAAUUAUUUUAUUGUUGCAGCCUUUCAAACACGUUAUUAAGAUGGUCCAAACUGGCUGUUCUUCAUCCUUGUAUAUGGUUUUGUUAUCUAUUCAGACAUUAAGAGAUGCAAUGAGCUCAUACAGAGCAUUAUUAGAUUAUAAUCUUGCCGAUGAUGGUGAACGAUCCAGAGAAGGAUCACCAGUAUUAGAUGACGAUUUGGUGGAUGAAUUGCAAGGUAUUAAUUUUUUUUGGAACAGAAUUCGUUGUUUAUUGAAUGAAAUGUUUACACUGGAUAUUAGACAUUAUGCCGCAACGGCUCUUCAUCCUAAAUACCGAUCAUUAACUUUAUGUUCGUCAAAAGAGCGUUCUGAAUGUUACGAAUAUAUUCGUAAACAAUUGAAAUUAAUUAAUACUGAAUCAAAUGAACUAAAUCAACGACAAACUGAUAAACCAGCACAGAAGAAAUUCAAAAAGGACUUAUUCAGUCGAUUCGAAUCAAAUAAUUUUGUUGGUGGUGAAGAAAGUGAAGGAUCAGAAGAAGAUAUUGCAAUCUCAUCUCGUAGUACGAAAAGUGAUGAACUUGAUCGAUAUCUUAAUUUUGAAAUAGAUCGAUCAAAACUACAAUCUGAUCCUUUACCAUUUUGGAAGGAACAUCAAGACAAAUUCCCCUGUUUGUCUCGAUAUGCACGAUCAAUUCAUUCAAUACCGGCUACAUCAGCUAGUGUUGAGAGACAGUUCUCAGGGGCCGGCUUAAUUAUUAAUGAACGACGAACCAACUUGAAACCGGAACAGCUCGAUAAUGUUUUAUUAAUUCGGUCAAUGGAAAAAAACAAAAUAUUAUUAUAG